UUGAAGAACAUAAAAGUAAAACAAUAGCAUAUAUAAAGUUGGGAGCAUGCAUCCGGCGUUCUAAAAAAAAAAAAAAAAAAAAAAAAAAAAGAAGAAAAAGCGAAAAACUCGGGCUUGCUUUUUGCGACUUGGGCUGUUUUCCUAUAACAGGAUAUCCUGUUUGUGUUUAGCGAAGUGCAGGCUUGAAUGGCACCUAUAAUUAUACACUGGCUCUCCCAUACUACUCCGUACCGUAUACCUAGACUGACAGAUGGAUCGCGGUAUCUGUUGUGGCAAGCUGCCUGGAAUCGUCCAGCUGGUUUUGCGGGGAUGUCCGUCUCCUUGGAGGUGGUGCCCUUCCAGCGAUUGUGCAUUUCGACGUGCGAACGGUAUUCAACGAGCUUAAAAAAAAAAAAAAAAAAAAAAAAAGGAAUCAAAAAAAAGGAAUGCAAUGCAAUGCAAUGCAAUACAAUAUAAAGGCAUGGGCUCGGGAAGGGUUUCUGUCCCCGAUUACCUAAGAAGGGCGAUCCAGGCCGUCCAGGGCAAGCCGGGCGCCAAGCACCACGGCGGGCGGGCGAUCCUCACGGGCGUCUUGCGCAACCUCCAGUGUCGGGGCGGCGGCAACCUUUUCAAAGUAGCAACGCAGCGCAGCGGGAACGCCAUCGACCCCCCCAGCACUCCAUCCCGCCUCAAACACACGGCUAUGGCUCUACAGGAUCCAUCUGCGACCGCCCAUGUCUUGAUGUUCUAUCGAGCUGCCCCCCGCUGAGCAUUCCCCCAGAGUCUCAACCGGUCAUCUCCAACCAUUCUACCUGCGUACAUAGUUGGGCCCCAGUUUAUCAAAAUUCCCACAACACCGCCUCCCCGCCCAUCUGUCCCCAAGGCGUCAAUGGAGCACUUUCUCGACGACUUUCCUCCGCCGGCUGCGGAGGCGUUAUCGAUGUCAGCCAAUUCCACGCCCGUAAUCCGAGCUGGAGGCGAUGGACCGCUCUGCCCGCCUGCUCCGCAGUCCGCCACAUCCACACCCAAGGCGCCAGCCCGACGCAAGCACUACACUAUCAGCAGUGGCAAGCCGAUCACCCGCACCCGAGUCAGCUACUCGUGCCACACUUGCCGCAGGCGUAAGGUCAAAUGCGACAAGGUCCAUCCUAUGUGCGGCAACUGUCUGAAGAACGGCUCCGAAUGCGUCUACGACUCGAGGUCGCUUCUGCAGCAAAACCGGUCUUCACAGGACCACCACAGUCGGGUCAAACGGCGCAGAGAGCCUCCCAAGCCCGCCGAGGCAUCCCUGGCCGAAAUCCUCUCCCCAUAUGCGGGGGUACAGGGGUCCCUUGGGCUGGGGGAGCAGAAAUCUGGCUCAGGAGAGAUUGCCGCGCGGCUGGACCGGCUCACUUCGAUGAUCGAACGCUUGAGUAGGACGAAUGCUCCGCUUACACCGCAGGAAAGUGACCCUCUCUUCCAAGGCGUAAGGUCUCUCUAUCAGGCCUCGGAGCAGUCGCCCACCGACGUUCGCCGUUACGGGAUUGCAGCUUCGAGCGCGUCGUCCAGGUCACAAUCCCGACAGCCAAGUCCGCGAAGGCUCUCGGAUAGUGGUAGUAACGAAGACUUCCCCAUCCCGGCGGGAUUGUCGACGGAUCUUGUGGACCCGGUUGGAACACUUAACCUGGGUCACCUGAGUUUGGAAGAUGGAGGCAAAUCUAGAUACGUCGGCACAACGUACUGGGCCUAUAUAUCUGAUGAGAUAAACGAACUAAACCAGUUACUUCGCGACCAGAAUAGAUCACAGCAGCAGCCACUGACAUCCCCCGAUUCUGUUCGCGAUAUCGGAAACGUUCAUAUACCACCUUUGUCUACACAUUAUGAUGCUCAGAGUGGCCCCAGGCGGUUUUCCUCAAAGGAAGAACCUCGGGGCACGGGCCUCGUUGCAAGAGGGGAUUCGCCCCUUUCUUCCGAUCGUCCCAUCGAGGCCGAUAUGCUAGACUAUGUUCCAUCUAGGCGACAGAGCAAUAUUCUUUACAAAGGAUUCAUGUCUGGCAUCCACGCCAUCAGCCCUGUCGUCCACCCACCCACCGUCCUAGGACUAUACCAGUGCUUCUGGGAAUGGUACGAUAGCAGGGACCACAAAAAAACCCCGUUCCCGGAUCCCUCUUUCAUCCCACUUUUAUAUGCAAUAUGGUAUGGUGGAUCGGUGACGAUAUCUCUUCGAACGAUACAUGCAGAAUUCGACGUCGACAACCGCGCAGAACUUUCUGAACCUUUUCAUGAUGAAGUCACUCGAUGGCUGAAGAAAAUCUCCUUCCCAAGAAGUGCCACUCUUCACGGACUAGCCGCCUUCUUACUGGUUCAGACUAUCCUUUCAAAAGAAGAGGAGCCUUUGACGAGUAGUUUGUUUAUAAGCCUCGCACUUCGUGUUGCCCAGACCAUGGGUCUACAUCGAGACCCUGCGCAGUUCGGCAUCCCACCCUGUGAAGCAGAAAAUAGGCGAAGGUUGUGGUGGCAUAUUGUUCACAUGGAUGGGGUAGUUGCAAUGUCCAGUGGGCUACCUCCUUUAGUCAGUGAUGAGAACUAUUGGGAUGUGCGCAUUGCCAGUGAUGUCAAAGAUACCUUGAUCGGCAGUCCUGAGGCUGUGGAGUACGAGCGUCUGGUAAGCGAGAAUCGCAGAAAACCCGAUCGACCCAACGACCCAAACGUGUGUGGAAACUCAAUGGUAAACGUUUACUAUAUCUGUGCUAGAGGGAAAUACGUCAUGGCCCGGGCCAUUCGCAAGGUGCUUAGGAUCCAACUCGGCACAAAGCCUGUCACCCGGAAGGAUAUGGAAGAUCUGAGGUCUAUUCUCAUGGAUCUACAAACUGACCUUCAUGCACUUGUUGACAGGAUACCAAUUCCAAAAUCAGUUUCGAAAAGGAACACAAAUCCUAAGUCGCUAGCCGGGCUCGCCACCUUGAAGCCGGAUUUACCGAAUGGCGGCCCUGGCUGUCAUGAGCAGUACCACUCCUCGGUCUUGGCCGCUUUCCAUAAAUGGGCUCGAAUCCUCCUAUCGUUAUUCGUAGAUAAGGCAUUCUGCGUUGCUUACCAGCCGUUCCUGAAAAAUGCAAGAAGCAAAAUAUGGCCAGCUGCACGCCAGUGUGCCCUUCGUCACUGCCAUGGAUUUAUGGAAAAAUUCAUCGCUCUUGCGACCGACCCUGACUUCCAACCUUUCCAAUGGAGCUGGCCUGGCAAUCACCAACCGAUGCAUGCUACAAUGAUAAUGCUUAUCGACCUUUAUGAGCGGCCAAACACCCCAGAGGCACCAAUUUCACGUGCUUUUAUUGAUAAAAUAUUCUCUCUCUCGGGACCCGACGGUGGAGUGGUCGGCGGCGAGGAUGGGAUUUCCACUGCGAGACCUCUAAAGGAUGGCGGUCGGGAAGCCUGGGAUAUGAUGCGUCGACUUCGCGAAAAGGCCUGGCAGAAAGCUGGCCUUAAUCCAAAGGUCCUCUGGACCGAGCAUGCACAAGCACAAGCCGCCAUCUCACAGGAUCUCAGUUCGAAGAAUUCCUCAACGCCAUCGCGCCCUGCAACAUCAGGAGCGAAGGAUCACAUCUCACCGCCGGCAAAUUUUGCCGAUAGCUAUUACGCGAUGAUCAAGGAGCCAUAUGAGAACCAUCAACCGUCACAGAGGAUAUCGGCAGAGAGGGAAAAGCUGACAGGGAGCCCGAAAACGAGCACUGCGCGGACGAGUAAUGAUGAGUCGCGGCAUACACAUGCGAUUUGGCCGACACACAUUCCUGAUUCCAACCCCGGUCCGCACCUUUCCCCAACUUCAGCUGCAUGGGAUUCUUCACAAUCCAUGUCAGGAAUGAAAGCCUUCAAUCCUGGAUAUGGGCAGCCCCAUUCGCGAAAAUCAAGUGAGACAGCUAGGUUCAUGGACACUUCUAAUGGCUACAAUCAUCAUCACAAUAGUCCCAAUCAACCAGGGCGAGAUUCUUCCUCUACGAAAAGCUCAAGCGAAUCACAUACUAUUUCACCUUUCACGCCAAGCGCCGCGGGUCAUCUCCGAACUCAGGCUCUUGAUCCAAAUGUUAACUUUGACUGGGAUCAAUGGGAUGCUGUCUUUGGACAAUAUUUGCCGGUUGUGGAUGGGUUUAUGGAUGUGGACAACAUUGCUAACCAUAAUCAAAAUCAAAUGCAAUGCAAUGAAAUUGCCUUGAAUCAGGUACCAAUGAUGGGUGUGGAAUUAAGCUUUGACAAUGAAGCCCAUGAUGGAGAAGAAUUGAGGAACUGGGCUGACUUUGGGUAAAUAAAUACCUUGAAUAUAGUGAUAUAUAAUGCCACUGCCUGGCAAUCUGCCAGUGGGAGUAGUCUACUUGCUCAGAUCUGAUAUUUUGCAGAACUAGGUAUUAUUUUACUUCACAAGUCAGCUGCGGCUUCCCGCACUAGACGCCUGCAGUAUGUUGCUGGCUAAUAUUUGAUAAUGUUGACACUAAAGUUCACAGCAGUA